CAAAGAGCCGAGUUAGAUCCGAAUGAAACCCGAGCCCUGCGCACGAGAGGAAAAGUAGCAGUAGACAGACGGUCCACAGACUGACAGACGCAAGCACGUCGCUGUUGUUUCUUUGCCCAACCCAUCGACUUAAACUUGUUUUAACAUCCACAAGCACGAUAUUAAACAGUUUUUAAGAGUCCGAAAUCUGUUGUCUGAUUCUUGAGGAAGCAAAUGAUUUUUCCGUCAGACAAACUAAAUAAAUGAAUGUUUGUGGCACCGGCAGCAUUUUUUGAAACUAAUUUGCCCAGCAUGACACAAUCAUCAUUGGGAAGCAGGAAACGGGGACGCUCUGAUGCAGAUGAUGAGUCUAGAGAUUUCACCCCCCUAUCAAAAAGGAUCAACAACUUGCACAUCAACAAUGGGAAUUACAGUAAUCAUUCAGCUUCAACCCAUGAUGAGAUCCACACUGUUUCACCAGCCGAAAGAGGAGGACCAAACACAUCUGACGAAGGAAAUAACAGCCAAGGUGUUGUGCAGCAGCCUAUGUACAGUCCAGAUAUGAAUGUUUCAGAUAACCCUUAUUAUUAUGAACCUAAUAAGCUAUUAUACUACCUGAACAUAGAACGUAUGCAACGAUCUGGUCAGUCAUUUGGAUAGUCUCCAUCCUCAGUCAAUUUAAAGUUGAUGGUUUUAAAAACUUUACAUGACUUUUCUUCACUGGGUUUACUAUUCUGAUUAUCAACAAUCUCAUAGUUUUCUUCUGUUUACUCUCUUUUUGCUAGGCUUCAAAAUUAUUGGCUGUUGCUUAAUUAGACGUUCUACCAAUGACUCUGUAUUUAUUGUGUAUGUUACAACAUCUUUUCUAGUCCAUCUUUGUAUUUCAAAGUAAACCAAAUCAUCAAUUAAGAAGUGUGUCCUUUUUACAUACCUGGACAGUUUCUUCUAGUUUUGUAGCACUUUUCAAGGAAAUGUGUACUAAGUACAAACCUAUAGGAUGUUUUCAUAGUAUGAUAAGGUGAUUUGGAGGAUUUAGGGCAUCAGGCAGUUUCACAAGUCAAGAAAUCAAGGAAACUACAACAUCUUUGUAAAAAGGAAAACCUGGAUUGUAGGACAAGCAGGAAUUGUAUUCAGCCUUUUCCAUUUUUCCUUUGAGUAUUGGCCAUUUUAAAUUAUUCUUCUCUGUUUGUGUUUGAUUGAGUCUGUUGAAAGUUCCAUGCUGAAAGUACAGUACUUCCAGAUAAAUUUUUUGGAAAAACAUUUUAGUGCAUUUGGAGAUCUGAAAUGUGUUUCCAAAAACUUUGCAACCAAAUAAGGGAAAUUUACCUCUUGUACAAUCCUGUAAUAAGUUUAAUAAGAACACAUUGACACAUUAUUGAUUCUAUUCAGUUUUGUGAUGUGGCCAAAUUAUUAAUUUACUUUUGUGUACAUAAAUUUUUAUUUUUUAAAGAACUAUAACAUUUCCAAGUUACACUGAUGAAUUUUGUGCCAGCAUUAACAUUCUUUUUGCAUUUGUGUAGUGUUUCUAGUACAUAUGUUAAAUUAUUUGUGUAUUGUUCUCAAGAAAAAAUAUUAUUCUAUUUGUUGGUAUGUUCAUACUUAUAUUUUGAUACCCAAUAGGUUACAGAUACAUUUAGUCUCAAGGCAUUUUCCGUUUUCCUCGGAGAAAUGUUAAUGUAAUGCCUCUUUUAGUACACUUCCAUUAUUAUUUUUUUGUUGUGUGCUAGUUGCCAUUUACGCUGAAUCAUGUUUGAAUUUCAGACUUCUAGUUUUUCAUAUUUAUUCAAAAAUAUGCGUGGGUGUGACAAGGAAUUAUUUACUGAUGGCUGUGUGUCAUUAAUUAAAAGCAAAAUAUGUUUUUGUGUGUGUCAUUUCAUUUGUUUCUCGUCAAUAAAAAUAUUUAUUUUCAACGGAAUGAAA